AUGCUUGUGUUCGUUGCCGCAGUGCCGGACAACGCAUCAGUGCCAACAGUGCAGGAGCACUCCAUUGUGACGGCGGACCACUCGGCCAAUGCAAGCCGUGGAAGCGAAGACCUCGGACACGAUCUCGCUGUGGAGAAUGAGGGCAAGGCUGUACAGAGGAUGGGUGGGCCGACCAUUGGCAAUCCGAGUCCAGGGGCAUGCAUCGUGACCCGCACGACGACCUACUCACGUCAGUACGCACUGUGUGGCCACGACAUCCAUGCGGAUACGGUGUCCCGCUGGAAGGAGGCCACUUUCAUGAGAACGUAUGUCAAGUGUCCAGGGGAGGGUGAGACAUUGUACAGAACAGAUUUUGUCCGGUGCAACGGCCGCCGGUUGCUCUCGGAUGUUGAGCAGGAUCGCUCAGACCCCUUCGGGCAGAAGAAGGCGCAGCACGUUUUGCCAGAAGUGACCAGGUGGUUCAAGGGCCACGCUCUUCGCGGGGACCUUCCGGCCGCAGAGGAGCCGCUCCGCCCGGGACCCGACGAGGAGCCAAGUGCGUGGCUGAGGCCUCUUUGUGCCCUGGCGAAGACAGCAGGGGCCGACAGGAGCCGGCCCGCUUCAGGGAAGGUGGAGCUGAAGGAGGAGCCGGCCGAGCUUCAGGGGCAGCGAGCUUUGGGAGAGGCAGAGCUGGAUGACCUCUGGGUGCGCCUGGGGGAAUUCCACAGCGGGAAGCCACCACCUGUGGUGAAGCUACUUGAAACAGUCCAGAUUCGUAGCACAGGGAGGCCUUUGCCCACGCGUGGUGAAGGCAUCAAGGAUUAUGCCAGCCAGAGCAGUGUUAGCUCUUCACGGGAUGAGAAGAAGACGAAGAAGGAAUUCAGGAAAAGCAGCUUUUGGAGCAUUGCCUUUCCCAUCUAUUACGUACUACUCAGCUUCACCUGCAAUGUGCUCUUCCUGGUGGGCUCCUUCCUGUUCUUGCCCAUCAAAAGCCAGGAGGCCAGUGUGAGCUUUACCUUCGUUGUGGAGAACAUCGAUGUAGACCAGGUGAUGACCUCCAACAGCACUCUUUUCCAGUUAUUAAACAUCAUGAGCUCCGAGCACUUGGUGGUCGUUCUUGUAACCAUGGGGUCAGAGGGCAAUUCUGAGAUUCGAAGCGCGCCGCUCGCGCGUCAGAGGCACUUCCAGUGGCGGAAGACCACCUCCUGCAGCCUGGACCAAGCGAUGCUUUUCGAUGUGAACAUCUAUCCACGGGAUGGUUGGUUUUCCAGCCCAAGGCAAAUGUCCAUGCCCAGCGUGGCCUCUCUCUCGACGGCGCUGAACCAGUCCUUUUCUGCCAACACCAUCGACGAGCUGGCGACGGGGGAGCCUCAGGUGAAUAUCGUCACCCGGCCGCGGCUGAUGAAGACGGCGGUGGUGCAGAAGUGGGCUGUGGACUUCGGGUGCACGCUCUUCAUCAUCGGCUCCGCGCUACUGGCAGCGAUCAGCGCAUUGGAUUUGUUGGAGGAUAUGCUCACCUGCGGCAGCCUGGUGGAGAUAGGACUGAAGCUGCCAAGUCCCAAGACUUUGACGCAAGGCUAUGAAUUCGUGGCUUGGAAGCUUCAUUCCAUGCCCGUCGGCAGCGAGCCGGAGGUGUCCUCUUCUGAAAGCCACGUUUUCGUCAGCGCGCGCUUGGAGCGGCUCAUGUACCUGAGUGGGGGCUUGAUCUUUUUGGUUGGGACCUUCUACUUCCAACAUCCGCAGAUGGUCAGUUCAAGGGUGCCAUCCGAAGUGAUGCAUGACGAAGACGUGUUGUUUAUGGCUAUUUGGAUGUUCAUCAUUGGUUCCAUUGUCUUCGUUUUCGCCACCUUCCUGAAUGCCUUGUCGCUGAAUGCGAGCGGCAAGACCUUCAUCCACUGGGCCGUGGCCACCUGUGGGAUCUACGAACUGGGCGGGAUCUUGUUCGUCAUGGGCUCGGUGUGCUUCAUGCCCAACCAAGGCGCGGCUCUUGGAUCGGAAAAUGCUUGGAGAAAUGAAACGAUCCCGGUGGAUUGA